GCAGAACCGAAGGUUGGCGGAUAAACAAUCCAGAGCAUGUGGACCGUAGACCAAUACAUACCUCAGUGGACGUGAUGGAGGUAGGACUGCCGAGGAAAAACAUUGAGUAUUGAAUGUCAAGAUGUCCGAAUUUCCAUUAUGCCCCCAGCCUUCGAGAUCUGAGCCUUCCCAACUGUCUACGUUCAGACCCACUCGUGAUCUUAAUGUUUACGAGCUCUCUGCCGGCGAAGCCAACUUUGCCACGGGCUUGCAAAACGAGACUUCGGUACUUUCCAUCCACCAAGAGGAGACACUCGCACAUCCAGGGACAUCCGAUCCUACUGUUUUGAAGUGGUCUGCAUCCAUACUUAGUGUAACCUCACCAUGUGUUCGACCUUCGUUCUCUGCUCCGAUUCCCAUCCUACGAUGCGCCUCGUCGGACGUACAUGCCGAUUCGAACAUAUCUUCCCUUCCUCCUCGCUACAUAGCGAUUCAGUCGCUCGAUACAAGCGUGGAAGGUCUCGGGCGUGUAUAUCGCAUCUUUGAUGGAGUUUUUGAACCUUCGCGUUGGCAGCGGAGCUCGACAGAUGUUAUACGGCCUGGCGUGAGCUUGGUGACGCACAGCACCAGGGACGUGCUGCCGUUCGUACUGCCAGAAUCAUGGAGUAUUGCCCUGAGCGCUGCAGAGAUGCCACCAUCUUCAGCAGAUCCAAUACCUCUCUUGGUGUAUGUUGUCAAGGGUCCGAAAAAGUCCGGAAAGAGCAUUUGCUCGGAUGCUCUUGAACAGGCUUCUGGCGAGAUUUCAGGGCGUUGCAUAUCUUGAAUGCGACGCGAGGCAAUCCGAAUUUACACCUGGGGGGUCGGUCGCCCUAAACAUCAUCGAAAACCUGGUAUUUGGUCCGCCGUCUACACACCCUAGUCUUCCAUACCGAGUACACUACGUUGGAGCAACUUCACCACGGUGCAGUCCGGCACACUAUCCUGCGGUCCAGCCUCGUAGCUAUGUCCAUAACUCACAGCUCCCAGAACAAGACCAGAAAGUGGAACACCGCCGACCAUUAUGGUUGAUAGGAUUUGCCAUCUUUUUGAUAUCUAAUGUAUUUGGAUCUUUCGUGCAAAUAGCCUCCCUGAGUCCUGUAGUCAUAUUGGCACCCCUGGGUACUGUUUCUCUCCUUUGGAAUGCCUUCUUCGCUCACGAUUACUCCCGGGAACAGCUCUCGUGGUUUCGGCACUUCGAGCACAAUAUCAAGUUCUGCUUUCAUUUCGGCACUUCUCCGAUAUUCUACCAUCG